AUGUCAGUUGCUAGUGUAGCUCUUAGUCCAGCCCUGGAAGAAGUUGUGAACUUUCCAGGUUUUAUUGGACGGUUUGGUUUGAACUUAGACGACCCAAUCCUGAUAUUCCUGACCAUUGCGGGAUCUCUGAACCCGAUGCGGGUCAUGGAGUCGGAUUCUAUAGCCUCCGUGAAGCUAAGGAUUCAGAGUAUCAAGGGAUUUUUUGUCAAGAAGCAGAGGCUGGUGUAUGAUGGUAGAGAGCUAGCUCGAAAUGAAUCCCGAGUUCGAGAUCGUGGUCUUGCUGAUGGGAAACUGUUGCAUUUGGUUAUUAGGCUUUCGGAUCUCCAAGCCAUCUCUGUAAAGACUUUUGGUGGGAAGGAGUUUGAGCUCUUUGUUGAGAGGAGUAGAAAUGUUGCCUACGUGAAGCAGAAAAUAGCUUCCAAGGAAAACGAGCUCGGGGAUGGUGAACUCACGUUAGAUGGUGAAGAGCUAGAUGACCAGAGGCUCGUCACUGAUCUCUGUAGAAACGGAGAGGAUGUGAUUCACUUGAUAAUUAGGAAAUCCGCUAAAGUCAGAGCAAAACCUGUGGGGAAGGAUUUUGAGGUUUCUAUCGAAAAUGUAACUCACAAGCACGACUCGGUGGAUGGUAGAAAAAGAUACAUAUCACCACAAGCAAAACCUAAAGAUUUUGUCGUGGAGCCUGUCGUUGUUAAUCCUGAAAUUGAACUGCCUUCAUUGCUCAAAGAUCUUAUUAGCUCCACUAUAGAGGGGUUGGAGAAGGGACAUGGCCCGAUCAAAUCAACUGAUGGAUCAGGAGGAGCUUACUUCAUGCAAGAUCUAUCCGGAAACAAAUAUGUCUCUGUCUUCAAGCCCAUUGACGAGGAGCCUAUGGCUGUGAACAACCCGCACGGACUCCCUGUUUCAGUUGACGGGGAAGGACUAAAGAAAGGCACACGGGUUGGUGAAGGAGCUCUUAGAGAAGUAGCAGCCUACAUUUUGGACUAUCCCAUGACUGGACCACAAACUUUUCCUCGCGACCAAACCGGUUUCGCUGGAGUUCCACCUACAACAAUGGUCAACUGCUUGCACAAAGACUUCAACCAUCCCAAUGGUUACAGUUUCUCUCCCGAGAACACAAAGAUGGGUUCACUCCAGAUGUUUGUGAGUAAUGUUGGAACUUGUGAAGAUAUGGGAUACCGAGUAUUCCCAGCUGAUCAGGUUCACAAGAUUUCGGUUCUAGACAUUAGGCUGGCUAAUGCAGAUCGUCACGGUGGCAACAUUUUGGUUAGCCGAGACGGAAAAGAUGGUGAGAUCGUGCUUACUCCAAUCGACCACGGCUAUUGCUUCCCAAAUAAGGUAAUUACAAACUCCGACAGUAUUCAUACUUUGGUUUCAAAAUCUCGAAACCAAACAAUAAUUGGAAUCAGCUGCAGAAUAUUUCCACUAAAACCACCUUACCUUGUCCAGUUUGAGGACUGCACAUUCGAAUGGCUAUACUGGCCUCAAGCAAAAGAGCCAUACUCCUCAGAGACAUUGGAAUACAUCAAAUCCUUGGACUCCGAGCAAGACAUCAAACUUCUGAGAUUCCACGGUUGGGAGAUUCCGCCUGCAUGCGCCCGUGUCCUCCGCAUAUCAACCAUGCUUCUCAAGAAAGGUGCGGCAAAGGGUCUCACACCUUUCGCCAUCGGAAGCAUAAUGUGCAGAGAAACACUCAAGAAAGAAUCUGUGAUCGAACAAAUCAUCCACGACGCAGAAGCCAUAGCGUCCCCAGAGACAACCGAAGAAGAGUUUAUCAGCACCGUCUCUGCCAUUAUGGAUCGCUGCCUCGACCAGUAUCCUCAGAACUGA